AUGUUUGCCGUCCUCGGCCGGCCUCUGCUGGCGGCCCGCGUCCCUCGGUCCUCGGCCACUCGAAUAUUUGCCCAAACAGUCUGCUCAACAUCCUCCGCCUCGUCCUCCUCUGCCGUUGAAAAGCUCCCGUGCUCGUCGAUCCGCGUGCUGCGCAGCGUCGACGCCCUCCGCCGGUGGCGCCGGCCGCACCUGCUCAACCAGCAGAGCGUGGGCCUCGUGCCGACCAUGGGCGCGCUGCACGCGGGCCACCUGGCGCUCAUCCGCGCGGCGGCGCUGGCCAACCACCACGUCGUCGUCAGCGUGUACGUGAACCCGGCGCAGUUUGGGGCGAGCGAGGACCUGGCGUCGUACCCGUCGACGUGGGACGCGGACGCCGCGCAGCUCGCCCAGCUCGACCGGGCGCUCGCCGACGACGCCGCCAACCUCGGCCGCGUCUCGGCCGUCUUUGCCCCCGCGACCGCCGACAUGUACCCGUCCGGCUUCCCCGGCCAGGACGUCGACAGCAAGGGCAGCUUCGUCACCAUUACGCCCGUCGCCGAGGUGCUCGAGGGCGCCAGCCGCCCGACCUUUUUCCGCGGCGUCGCCACCGUCUGCAUGAAGCUGCUCAAUAUUGUCCAGCCGGAGCGCGUCUACUUUGGCCAAAAGGACGUGCAGCAGACCGUCGUCGUCCGCCGCAUGGUUCGCGACUUUUGCGUCCCCACAGAGGUCGUCGUCGGCCCGACAGAGCGCGCCCAUGACGGCCUCGCCCUCAGCUCCCGCAACGUCUACCUCGGCCACCGCAGGCGCCGCGUCGGCGUCGUCCUGCGCCGCGCCCUGCUCGCCGCCCAGUACGCCCAUGCUGGCGGCAACUUGGCCCGCACCGCCGUGCUCGCUGCCGCACGCGAGGUGCUGGCCGCCGUUGUCGCCGCCCAGGCCAGGCUGCCCCCGACACAGCGCGUGCUGUUCGAGGUCGACUACAUCUCGCUCGCGGACCCGGAUACGCUGCAAGAGGUCGACGUGAUUGACCCGGCGCGCGGCGCGGUGCUCAGCGGCGCCAUUCGCAUGCUGCCGCUGGAGGAGGUUGUUCCUGGCGAGGACGUCGGGCAUGCUGGAGGGCCGGCGGUGCGCUUGAUAGAUAACAUCAUCUUGGAGCCUACAAUAGCAUAA